AUGGUCACUGCCUUGCCCGCCUCCCAAAACGUGUCUUCGGACUUUCAGGUCGAACCUAUCUGCAUAGGAGACGGGGUAGAUGCUCAAUCACUGGGACUCCUUUCUACAUUAGCUGUUCCAACUGUAAUUGGUUUAGUGCUUUGGCUGCUAUUCGCUAUUUUACGACCACGGUAUCGUCAAGUUUACGCCACAAGAGAGUGGUUUGUUCAUCAGGACCUCCGCCCAAGACCUCUUGGACGCUCAUUCUGGGCAUUCCUGUUCCCACAUAUUCCCUUAAUCCCACCAGUCCCGUCAGACGUGUCAGAUGCCGGAAAAUCCAUCGCGCAAGAUGCUGAGCUGUUCCCAUCGGACGAAUUGCUCAGUCAACGAUCGCUCUGGCUAUGUCUCCGGAUGAGCCUUGCCUGGUCUCUUCUGUCUCUCGCUGGCCUACUUCCUCUAUACAUGGUCGAUACGCCAUGCCUUGCGCAUUCCCUGCCUCCUGCAACGCUCACUGGCGCGUAUUCGGUACUUCAGGACUUGAGUCUCCUCAGACUCCUGCGACUACUAGACAAUGGCUCUAUCACGACACAAACUGACCUUGCCACGUCCCUUCACAAGCGCGAAGUUGUCAAUGGGUCGGACAAAGCUCCUAACACUAGGACGCGAAUUAUCAUUCUUACCGUGUUCACCAUCGUGCUCGGCGUCCUUCCGGCACUAUAUCUAAUCUUACGAGAAUUCCACCGACUUGUGGCGUAUCGCAAACGCUGGUUGAAUAUUCGAUGUCAAGAGCUGGAAAUGGGAUGGCUAAGUGCUCGGCGGGCUCCCGGCUUCGUUGGCUGGGGAGAAAAACGCCUGAAGGAUUUCAUCAUAAAGUCAGGUCUCAGCUCCUCGCUGGAGAGCAACGAGACCAGCGGGAAUGGGAAUGGCGGAUCGCGUCGGCGCAGGACUCAGGACUUGAGGAGUGAGGAAAAGGCGCAGCUCGAGAUUGAUGUGCAGAGUUUAUUCUCCAUUGGAGAUACAGCUCAUCUCGCAGUUCUCAUUGACGAGCGCGAUCGAAUACUGGAGCAGCUUGAGAUAGCUGAGACAAAAUAUAUCAACUCGUUCAAGCUAUCUACUCCCGAUCCCUCCGUAGUGGACUUCUAUCCAUCUGGAUCGACCCCCCGUUCCCAGACCCCUCCGCCUGUGCCCCCUAAGCCACAUAUCAGUCGCCCUCUUCCACUUGGCAACACUGCAGCACGACGCAGACAUCGUGGGAGAAAUCCAGCUUUAGGAUCUUCUUCUCUUCCGCCUACAUCGUAUGUCAUGCCUUCACAGUACUACAAGUUACGCGCACUGGAGGGCGUCAAUGGAGGGCAGCUCGCGUCCAACGACUUCGCAGCCGAACCGAGCACGAGGCAGCGAGGACCAAGCCUGGCAGAGUCGUUUAACCAGCGCGUCAUCGGCUCUCGCUUCCAAGAGGUCAAUCGCAGCACUAAUGACUACGGUCAUCUGCCUAUUGGCAGUCAAGUCAUGGUAGACCACGAGGGACAGCUCGGCGCCGUUUCAUUUAGCGAGUCUCCCGUGCCUGACACAGCACCGUAUGGAACGGGCGCCGCGCACGCAUCCUGGGACACGGCGGCAUUCAACGAGAACCCCCUGCCGCCGCAUCAGUGGUGGACGCACCAGCCCGGCGAUUCCAUUCAGGAGGAACCGGAGCUCGAGCUCGGCGAGGAUUGGGUCGACAUUCUAAGCGAGGACCCGGAGGCGCUUGAGAACGCAGAAGUGUACAACCCCAAAUCGACGCCGCCGCGCCGCCGCCCCCGGCCUCCGCGACCAAAGCCCGCGCAAGGCAGCGAAGAUCGACGCGAGACAUUCCCUCUGCGCAUUCGUGGCGAAGGCGCCCCCGAGGAGCAGCCGCCGCCGCACCUGCGGGUACAGCCUCGCGGCCCCUUCGUGCGCCCGUUGUCGGGCCUCGACCACGACGACCUGGGGCACAUCUACGCGGACAUCAACAUGUGGCGCGCGAAGCUGAAGGGGAUCAACACCGAGAUCAGCGAGGUCCAGAGCGAGUGCUACAAGGAUAUCGCCGAUGGCGCGAGGAUCAGGGGGUGGCUCAUGGUCGGCCGCGGCUUGCGCUUUAUUCCCGGGAUCCAGCUAAUUGAAGGGCGAGCGAAGGAAGAUAUUCGGUGGGACGAAUUGCAGAACGAGGGCGGGCCGGCGAGAACACUGGCUUUCUGGACAAUAGCUAUAACUAUCGCAGUCUUGUUGGGUAUAUGCCUGACUGCUGUGGCCGGUCUCUCGGUUGCUACAGCCCCCGAAUUUGGUCAUUACUUCCCCUUCUUCCUACCACUAUCAUCCGGCGACUUCCUUGGGGCAGGUGUUGCCGUAUCUUUAGCGGCCGCGUUUGCAACUGUACUGUUCGUUAGUGUGGCAAUAUGGAUCAUGCAACAUACAGCACAGCUGAGAAACUCGGUCUCGCUUUCCGGGCUUCAACUUGGAGUGUUCAAGACCGUAUUCUGGACUUUGGUCGUUGUCGGAGGGAUCUGGCUUUUCACUGCAGCUGCCCUUCUGUUCGCAUUUGGAGCCUUCAGCACAGCUGUGCCAGCGUCGCCUGUGGUGGCGAACGGCGCUAUUUACAUGAGUGCAUUUGCAAUGUCCCUAAUUCUGACCGUUGCUGUGAUCGCUCCGGCCUUGCUCACGCUACAACCCCAUCAUCUCGUGCGUGUUUUACGGGCGGAACAGGCUGCUGUGACCCCUCGGCAGAGAUUCAGAGCGGUGUACCCUAGAAUCUAUAACCCGACGUAUGCGAUAGCCACUUGUGUGAUGGCCGUACUGCUCGCUUCUACGUUCUCGCUCAUUUUCCCCUUGGUCGCUCCGGCUGCCGCUCUGCUUCUGCUUCUUACUCUGAUCGCACAUCGCUUUCUCAUCGGUUACGUCUACGGACAGACGCGCUCGCAAACGGGUGGAGUAUUGCAGCUUUGGCUUAUCAAGCGUCUAGGCACGCUGCUCGCGUUUCAGCCACUUAUCCUCGGCCUUAUCUUGCUCAGCCGCGAGUUAUGGAUUGAGGGUGGCAUUCUCUGCGGCACAGCGCUGCUCGUCGUGCUCGUCGCCGAGGGGUUCUGCGCGUGGCGCACGCGACUGCCGGGCAAACGCUCGCUGAGCGUGGUCGCGCAGGACUCGCUCGGGACCUUCGCGCAGGCGGCGAAACCCAGCACACCGCGGGAGGUCGACGAGGAGAGCACCAGUCUCGUGAGCUCGGGCCGCAACACGCGCAUGCGCGGCUCGUUCGCGAGCAUCCUCGAGAUGAUGUCCCUCACGCUCGCCGUCAUGCCGUCGCCCUCGCAAAUAAGAGGGCCCGUCCCGCUCGGUGCGUUCCCACGUGUGCUCCAUGCCCUUCCAUGCCACCCACUGACACCCCCAACAGAAACUGAGACCCUGGACGACCUGACCGCCACCGAGCGGGCCGCGCGCACGAAUCCGGAGGCGCCGCCGCACCUGCCGCCGCUGCCGUUCGCGGACCACGCGGAGGAGAUGGCGGGCAUGCUGUACGCUCCCGAGCUCCUCGCGCCGGCGCCUGUCAUCUGGCUGCCGAACGACGCGGGCGGGAUCGGCCGCUCGGAGGCGUUCGACUUGCAGCGGUAUCACAGCCUGCAGGUGACGCUGGACGUGCGCUCGAAGGACGACGUCCUCCACCGCAGAUCGACAUCGCCUCCCCCGCCGCGCUCGCGCUGA